CACAAGCCGUAUUCUAUACGGCCGGUGUCGUACAUUUUGCAGAAUCACCAUGGCGUCUAUGUUGAAAGAGACCGCGGGGCUGUAUGAAACACUGAAAACGGAAUGGAACAAGAAAAAUCCAAAUCUGAACAAAUGUGGAGAAAUUUUGAGUAAACUCAAGAUCUCAUUAUUGGAACUUAACUUCUUGCCUACAACCGGGACCAAGCUCACUAAACAGCAGCUUAUUCUAGCUCGUGAUGUUCUGGAGAUUGGUGCCCUGUGGAGUAUUCUUAAGAAGGACAUCCCUUCCUUUGAGAGAUACAUGGCCCAGCUGAAGUGCUACUACUUUGAUUACAAAGACGAGUUGCCAGAGUCGGCCUACAUGCACCAGCUGCUGGGCCUGAACCUUCUCUUCCUGCUGUCGCAGAACCGAGUGUCAGAGUUCCACACAGAGCUUGAGAGACUGAGCGCACGAGAUAUCCAGACUAACGUUUACAUCAGGCACCCAGUUUCUCUUGAGCAGUACCUGAUGGAGGGAAGCUACAACAAGGUGUUUCUUGCUAAAGGAAACAUCCCUGCUGAGAGCUACACUUUCUUUAUUGAUAUUCUGCUUGACACUAUUCGUGAUGAGAUUGCCGGAUGCAUAGAGAAGGCAUAUGAGCAGAUCCAGUUCAACGAAGCGACCAGGGUACUUUUCUUCUCUUCGCCAAAGAAGAUGACAGAGUACGCCAAAAAGAGGGGAUGGACUCAGAGCUCAGAUGGGUAUUACUCAUUCAGCACUCAGCAGCAGCGGACAGAAGAGGUGACCAUCCCGUCCACAGAGCUGGCACAGCAGGUCAUCGAAUACGCACGACAGCUGGAAAUGAUUGUGUAGUUCAUCUUGACAAUCCCACAACACCACACAUACACACACACACACACCAGUUACAUAGCAAUCUCCUUGUAUGAUAUAUGUAAACAAACAGUCAAGACUGGUUGAUUUAUCAGUUUCACUAAAUCAAACACCCAGUCUGGCCUUUGGGCUUAUACUUAAAAGGGAUUUACUGAACCAAUAAAACUGUGGCAUCAUUCAAGGGGCCAGUCUGUUCAGUGAUUUCUAACAGGUCCACAUCUGGAAAGUGUUGAAGAGUGUACAUUCAAACUUUAGUGUUGAGGUGGCAGAUGUUUGACAUUGGACUGUUUUGAUGGCAGAAAAUUAUUCAAUUUGGUCAAGUUGAGUUAUGACUGUUAGAAACGGUCCAAUCUCAGUCUAAUUACAAAUAUAAUAUUCUUCUCCAGUUUAGUGACUAUAAUAACUUUUGCCUUUCAGUGUCACACAUAAUAAUGGGGAAUUACUGAAUUAAACCAAGUAUUUUGGUAUUCAGUAAUCAGUUGUACUAAGUUUAAGCACCUCAUUGUGUAUACAAAGUUAAUGGUUUUUCCUUGGCAGUGCUCACAGAACUCAAUUUCAAUGCCCUUGCCUUGUAUCCUAGCAACUGACAAAGAGAAUUGCUGUUAAAGUUUGUGGGUGUUUUAGUAUCUACCUGUCCCCACAAGAUGUUUUGUAAUCAGAUUGAUCUGGAAAAUACAAAUGUUUCUCUCUUGAUAAGAAUGGUUCCAAAAUAAACCUUUUUUUCCUGA